AAAAUGAUAAUGCCAACGAAUUAAGUUUUUAAAAUAAUCAACUCAGUCAUAAACUAAAUAUUAAGAAUAACUUAAAGUAAAUGGUAGCUUGACAAACUGGUUUCUGGUUGUCUGGUUAGCCUGGCUUAAUUUCAUAGCCACUCAAAUCAAAUAUAUCCACUCCAAAAAUGGCGCUUAAAUUGCGCUCUUGCGAUGCUUAUACAAAUACAGCCAUUUUUUUUUAUUUUAGCAGAAGAGAAAGAAAAAAAAAAAAUCAUAAACACCUUUUAUUUUCUUCUCCCCUUCUUCUUCUUCUUCUUCUUCUUGACUCCGUUUUGGAACCAUGGCUUUUCUAGCUGCGCUGGUUGCUGUUCCAAUUGGCGUGUUGUUCUUGGUUUCUGGCCUCAUUGUUAAUGUCAUUCAGGCGGUUUUCUUCGUCCUUGUUCGUCCCGUGUCAAAGAAUUUGUAUAGAAAGAUCAACAAAGUAGUUGCAGAACUGCUGUGGCUGGAGCUCAUAUGGCUUUUUGACUGGUGGGCAGGAAUUAAGAUUGAUGUAUUCGCGGAUGCAGAAACUUUUCAGUUAAUGGGAAAAGAACAUGCUCUUGUCAUAUGCAAUCAUAGAAGCGACAUUGAUUGGCUCGUUGGGUGGGUCAUAGCUCAGCGGGCUGGUUGCCUCGGAACUGCAUUAGCCAUCAUGAAGAAAGAAGCAAAAUACCUCCCUAUUAUAGGUUGGUCAAUGUGGUUUUCUGAUUAUGUCUUUCUGGAAAGGAACUGGGCUAAGGAUGAAAGCACAUUGAAGGCAAGUUUUAAAAACUUGGAGAACUUUCCUAUGCCUUUUUGGCUGGCUCUUUUCGUAGAAGGAACACGGUUUACUCAGGCGAAGCUCGUAGCAGCUCAAGAAUAUGCUGCUUCUAGAGGGCUGCCUAUUCCUCGAAAUGUCUUACUUCCUCGUACAAAGGGUUUUGUUUCAGCAGUUAGUCACAUGCGCUCCUUUGUUCCAGCAAUUUAUGAUUGUACAGUGGCAGUUUCUGGUAAUCAGCCUCCACCUACAAUGCUGAGAAUAUUUGGAGGAAAAUCAUCUGUGGUAAAUUUGCAAAUCAGGCGACAUGUGAUGAAUGAACUACCAGAGACAUCGGAUGGGAUUGCCCAGUGGUGCAAAGAUGUGUUUGUGACAAAGGAUGCCUUGUUGGAGAAGUAUGCCACCAAGGAGAAAUUCAGUGAUCUCGAACGUCAAGACAUGGGUCGAUCCAAAAAAUCCUUGAUUGUUGUUACUUCUUGGUCAUGUCUCAUCAUUUAUGGCAUUGUCAUGCUAUUUAAGUGGUGUUCACUCAUGGCCUCAUGGGAGGUCAUUUUCUUUUCGUUCACUUUCUUGGUCCUUGUCAUGAUCAUUAUGCAAAUCCUCGUUCACUCUUCUGAAUCAGAACGUUCUUCGCCUUCAGAAAUUUCCACACAAGAUCCCGUGACAGAAAGACUCAUUCAGAUAUAA